CUGAGCCGAGCCGGGCUGAGCUGAGCCGAGCCGAGCCGGGCCGGGCUGAGCCGCGCCGGGUGGGGUCCCGCUGGCAGCGAGCUGAUGACCUUGAGCUGACCUGCUGCCCCAGCCGGGGGGGGGGGCAGAUGGCAGUGGGACCACGUCCAUCCCCGGCAGGGACGGCUGUGCCCGGCAGCAUCCCGUGGGACCACCCGCACAACGGACAUCAGGCAGGAGAGGCAGAAGUGACACUGCAGAGAAAGCCCUCGUCCUUCCAGGACAAGGGCACAGCAGGAUCGGUGCCGGCACCGGCGGGGGGCACGGGCCAUGGAGCUGAGUCUGGAGGGGGCCUGAAGCUGCCAGAAAGAGGGGGAUGGGGUGGGGAGAGAUGGACCCCCCCAAUGGCAGCGCAGCCGGCCGGUCAGACGUGUGCUUCGGGGUGUUCAACGCCAGCGAUGGUCGCAGCAGUGUGCAGAACAGCAUCACCUCGCCCUGGUUCUCCACCGCCUUUGGCCUCAUCGGCCUCUGCUCCAACCUCUUCGCCCUCUGCGUCCUGCUCAGCUCCUCUCGCAAGCUCUCCAGCCAGGCACGCUCCUCCUUCCUCGUCUUCCUCUGCGGGCUGGUGGUCACGGACUUCACGGGGCUGCUGGUGACGGCCUCGGUCAUCAUCCCUUACCACUUCAUCAAGUUCACCUGGGCCAAGGUGGACCCCAGCUGCCACCUCUGCAACUUCCUCGGCUUCUCCAUGGUCUUCUUCGGGCAGUGCCCGCUGCUGCUGGGGGCCACCAUGGCCGGCGAGAGGUUCUUUGGCAUCAACCACCCCUUCUCCCGCUCAACCAGCAUCUCCAAGCGCCGCGCCUGGUCCAUCGUGGGGAUGGUGUGGGGCUUCUCCUGCCUGCUGGGGCUGCUGCCGGUGCUGGGGCUGGGGCGGUACACGCUGCAGUACCCUGGCUCCUGGUGCUUCCUCACCCUCCUGCCCGACACCGGGGAUGUCAUCUUCUGCCUGCUCUUCGCCCUGCUGGGUAUCUUCUCCGUCCUGCUCUCCUUCAUCUUCAACACAGUCAGCGUGGUGACGCUCUGCCGCGUCUACCACGACCGGGAGUCGGUGCAGCGGCGCCGGGACAGCGAGGUGGAGAUGAUGGUGCAGCUCGUGGGCAUCAUGAUCAUCGCCACCAUCUGCUGGAUGCCCCUCCUGAUCUUCAUCGUCCAGACCGUCCUGCAGCAGCUCCCAGCCAACGGCCGGAUCCAGACGCUGCCCACAGAGACGCAGAAGAUGCUGCUCAUCUACAUCCGCAUGGUCACCUGGAACCAGAUCCUGGACCCCUGGGUCUACAUCCUCUUCCGCCGGGCCGUGCUGCAGCGCAUCUACCCCAGCCUGCGCCCCCGGCCCUCCAUCCUCUCCCUCUACCCCGUCCUCAACCCCUCCCUGCGCCGCAAGCUCACCUCCGACUCCGUCCUGCAGUAGCGGCCCCCAGGGACGGGCACCAAGGUGGGGGGACAGGCCAUCCCCCCAUCCCACACACUCCCCGUCCCACCCCGCCCCGUGGUUAAUUAACUGUCCCCAUCACUUGCUCCUAGGGGCUCCCCUGUCCCCAUCCGAGCAACCCACCCCCCCACCCCCCCCCCCAAUAAAACAGCUUGUGCAGCUCUCCGUGCCCGCCGGGGGUGAACACCUGGGGGGAUGGCGGGGGACGCCCAGCCCCAUUGCUGGCACGAACAACA